AUGCGAAGAUUAUUCACAGCAAGCCACACAAAUGGUCAAAGUAUGGAUCCCAAAUGCCAUGUGUGUAAAUUGACAUAUGCAUUGUACCAGUGUCCAAGGUUUUUAGCAUUACGAACUCCAGAUAAAGUCAAGGCCACGAAAUCUGCGAAUAUUUGUGUCAAUUGUUUGCAAAAUGGUCAUCAGGCAUCAGCUUGUUGGAGUGCAGGGUGUCAAAUAUGCAACAAACGACAUAAUAGCAAAUUGCAUCUAGAAGAAGAAAAAAAGAAAGAAGCGUUUGCUAAGAAUUUAAUAUUUCAGGAAAAUCAGACGGAGAACGGAGUUGAAGGUCAAAAAGACGGUAUGAAAGAUGAAGAUACGUUGAUCAGUCUCAAGGCAUAG